UAAUCAAAGAAAGUUGCCAGUUAGUCUAACAUUAACCAGUAUUCAUUCAGUACGGGUAUUUCUGGAAGUAUUAACUUAUUAAGAUGCAGAAGGCACUAAUUUCUUUGGCUGUACUGUCUUUGGUACAGUUAUCUUAUGCCGCAUUACCCGUUAGAGAAUUUGGUGAACCAAUGAAGACCGACUUUCAAAUGUGGCACGACAACUGUGAAAUUUACAUUCCCGGUGUAACCCAAAAAGAAAUCGAUAGAGUUAGACAAGGACACUUCGAUACAGAAAAUCAAGCUAUUAAGAAUUACGCUGCUUGUGUCUGGUUGGAAUCUAAAGGCAUUAACCUGGAUAUGAUUAUGAACAAGGCAAUCUUGGAUCUCUAUUUGCCUAGGAAAGUUGAGGAAGACGAAUACAUCGGUUAUUUGUUAUGUGCUAAAGAAAAUAGAGACAAAAAGGUAUCCUUUGUUGAUAAGAUCUGGGGAAUGCUCGAGUGCAAUUACAAAAGAAAUCCUAACGACUUUAUCUUCAUCUAAUACCACAAAUGGAAAAAAGGACCAACACUUCCUGUUUCUCGAAACAUUGGACAAAGAAAAUAAAGGCUAAUAUUUUUUAAUUAUAGGUUUAUAAACCUA